AUGGGAGGUAUACGGCCCAUGAGAGAUAGAGGUCGGAGUGCCUGUGGGCGAGAUGGUUGUAGGCGUCGUGGCAGAGCGAUGAGAGAAGUUGUGGGUUGCGAGAUGCUUGAGGUGGUGGUGCUGGCAGUCGGCGUGGUCGACGGAGCCGGCGCCGUAGGCGUGGGUGAGGGCGGCGACAAGGGCACCGGUCUUGUAGAGGCCGAGUGA